ACAAGCACAGGGGCGGAUCCCCGCUGGGUCGAGGGCCUGAACGGGAGCCAAUCGGGCAGCCGAGGCUGCUGCCAAUCACGCAGCUCCCUCCAAUCCCACCCGUGCCAUUUCCAAAAUCUCAGUUCCACUGUGCAGCUCAAAUGUGGUGUUCAUUCUGCCCAUCGCUGGAGGAUAGAGUGGGAACAGGAAUAAGGAGAGUUAGGAGGCCAGGACAAAAGAAGUUAAAGAGCGCCCAAUAUAUACAUGUUUUUGAAGGCGGGCAGAGGGAAAAAAGUCCCCCCAGUGAGGGUCUAUAGGCCUGAUUGUGUAGUUCUGAUGGAGCCCCCUAUGAGCAAGAGGAACCCGCCAGCGCUGAGAUUAGCGGAUUUGGCAACAGCUCAGGCCCAGCCGCUUCAGAAUAUGACAGGCUUCCCGGCGCUGGCCAGCCCGCCCGCCCACUCCCAACUCCGUGCCGCUGCCGCGCACCUCCGCCGGCGGGACCUGGGCACUGACCCCGGCGUGGCCAUCACUCCGCUCGGACCCGAGCACAUGGCCCAGACGAGCGCGCUGGGCCUCAGCCCUCCCUCCCAGGCGCUCCCGGCACACCCCGAGGCUCCGGCGGCCGCCGCCUGUGCUGCAACCUUGGUAGCGCACCCCAGCGCCAGCACCUACCCGGGUGGCGGGGGCAGCAGUGGCGCGCAGCCCUCCGCGCCCCCGCCCCCAGCCCCUCCUCUUCCUCCCUCCCCUUCACCCCCUCCCCCUCCUCCUCCUCCUGCCCUCUCGGGCUACACCACCACCAACAGUGGUGGCGGCGGCAGCAGCGGCAAAGGCCACAGCAGGGACUUCGUCCUCCGGAGGGACCUUUCCGCCACGGCCCCCGCGGCGGCCAUGCACGGGGCCCCGCUCGGAGGGGAGCGGCGGUCCGGCACCAGCUCCCCCCAGCACCCGGCCCCGCCUCCCCACUCGGCCGGCAUGUUCAUCUCGGCCAGCGGCACCUAUGCGGGCCCGGACAGCGGCGGCGGCCCAGCGCUCUUCCCCACGCUGCACGACACUCCCGGGACCCCCGGCGGCCACCCGCACCCGCUCAACGGCCAGAUGCGCCUGGGGCUGGCGGCAGCAGCAGCAGCAGCAGCAGGAAGGCGCCCAGGACGGUCGGCAGCCCUUAUCCGCCCGGCCCCGGGAAGUCGGGGAGGGCGAUGGGAAGGGGGGCCGGGCCUGGAGCUGGCCCGGCAGUGCCUUCCCAGGGAAAAGCCUUUCAAAUGUGAAUUUGAUGGCUGUGACAGAAAGUUUGCCAAUAGCAGUGAUCGCAAGAAACAUUCCCAUGUCCAUACCAGUGACAAGCCCUACUACUGCAAGAUUCGUGGCUGUGACAAAUCCUACACUCACCCGAGCUCUCUGCGGAAGCACAUGAAGAUCCACUGCAAGUCCCCACCACCUUCCCCAGGAACUCUUGGUUACUCGUCAGUGGGGACUCCAGUGGGUGCCCCCUUGUCCCCUGUGCUGGACACAGCUAGGAGUCGCUCCAGCACUCUAUCCCCUCAGGUGACCAACCUCAAUGAGUGGUACGUUUGCCAGGCCAGCGGGGCACCCAGCCAUCUCCACACACCUUCCAGCAAUGGAACCACCUCAGAGUCUGAAGAUGAGGAGAUUUAUGGAAACCCUGAAGUUGUGCGGACGAUACAUUAG